GCUUGCUUUUUAAUGAAUAUAAUAAUCCAAAAUUAAGAACAAUAAUCAAACUGGUCCUCCCCCUUUCACUGUUCAAGUGGCAAAAAGGUUAUCUUUUUUCUCAGUAAAACAACAAAUUCAACGGGUUUUAGUGGCGACACAGAAAGUAGAGCAAUCAUUUGAUUUUCAGAAAAAAAGAAUUCAAAGAGCCAAGAGUGUUUAAUUCAAAAGGGAAUGAAACUUGAAAAAAUUCUUCAUAUUCUCUUUACAUACAACAGUCAAAAACAAAACGUGCCUUUCUUCAGUUCUUCUUCAACCUCACAAUAUCCCACCAAGAAAAACAAAUUGGCCCAUUUAAAAAUUUUAGUCAUUUUGUUUUUUCAUCAGGGUUUUAGUCAAGAUUUGUACCAAUUUGUGUUGUAGUUUGGAAGACGAAGGAUAAUUUAUGUUCUGGAAGGCUAAGCCAACAAUUAGAGACAGUGAGCUCAAAGGGAAAGAUGCAAUUUCCCCGUGAGCCAGCCAAUUACGACGAGGUUUCUAUGCAGCAAAGUAUGUUUUUUUCUGAUAGUUUGAAGGACUUGAAAAAUCUUAGGAAACAGCUCUACUCAGCUGCCGAGUACUUUGAGUUGUCUUACAGUAAUGAUGACCAACAGCAUGUAAUGGUGAACACAUUGAAAGAUUAUGCUAUUAAAGCUCUUGUUAAUACAGUUGACCAUUUGGGUUCUGUCACUUAUAAAGUCAACGACAUGUUAGAUGAGAAGGUUGAUGAAGUUUCGAUAACCGAGCUUCGAGUGUCUUGCAUCCAGCAGAGACUGCGAACGUGCCAAGAGUAUGUCGAUCGCGAAGGUCUCUCUCAGCAGUUAUUGGUGAUAAACACUCCACAUUACCACAAACGAUACAUCUUGCCAAUUGGAGAAACUAUGCAUGGGGCUGUUCGCACAAAAUCAAGAUACCGGGGGUGCAGCUUAGACGAUGGAGACGAGUGGCAUCAAUUCAAGAACUCUAUUCGAGCCACUAUACGUGAAACUCCACCACCAUCUAUACUACUAGCAAUUCGAAUACUCGNCUUACCCUUCCCUAGAUUCGCCAAAAACGGGAACUUCUCAUUCUCUAACAACAUGCCGAAUAAGGAUUCAGAAAAGAGAGCAACCUCACCAAAUCAGUUCCCAAUUGUGCGUUCUGUUUCACAUUCAACUAAGCUAACAACUCCAAAAAGCUCAAAUUCGAGCACCCAAAAUGCUUCAUUUGGAAGACAAUCGUAUGUAUCUGAAUCUCGAAAAUCAGCUUCCAUACGGGUUCGUUUUGGGAAGGAAAGUUCGAGUGAAAACGAGCAAUAUCCAAACAAAAGCAAACAUCUGCUCAAAUCUUUACUCAGUCGACGCAAGUCGAAGAAAGAUGAUACUUUAUAUACUUAUUUGGAUGAAUAUUAGUGAAUAUUAUUGGGGGCAUAUUUUUUCUUCACCAUAUUUUACCACAAAUGUAAUUUAUUAGAAACAUGCUAAUUGAUAUUGAUUGGAGAAUGGAACAAUUACUUUCUAUAGAAGUUCAGUCUGUUAACAAAAAAACUCAAAUUAUCUUUUGAAAAUUUGCAAGUAGCUCCUUAAGAUUGUCGAACAAUAUAGAGGUUUGUAAUUUGGGAAAUGCCAUUUUCUU